CGCGCCGCACCGCACCGCGCCCGCCGCGCAGAGAAAGAGAUGCUGGUUGCAAGUUUUGGAGAUCCCUGUUUUUUAUGGAACAGAGUUCUAUAAAAUUUUCAUAAGAUUCCUUGGCAAUAACAUAUACUUGUGAUGGACCUUAGAAAUACUGCUAUGUUAGGAUUGAGUUCUGAUUCCGAAGGAUUUUCAAGAAAGAGUCCCUCUGCCAUAAAUACUGGCACACUGGUGAGCAAAAGAGAAGUAGAACUAGAGAACAACAAAAAGGAGGAAGAGGAUCUUCGCAAGUGGAAUCGAGAGAGAAACAUUGAUUCAGGGAAAGGUGAUGGUUUGCUUGAUGCACAGCAACAGUUUUCCGUAAAGGAAACAAAUUUUUCAGAAGGAAAUUUAAAACUGAAAAUUGGCCUUCAGGCUAAGAGAACUAAAAAACCUCCAAAGAACCUGGAAAACUAUGUAUGUCGACCUGCCAUAAAAACAACCAUCAAGCAUCCAAGGAAAGCACUUAAAAGUGGGAAGAUGACAGAUGAAAAGAAUGAUCACUGCCCUUCGAAACGGGACCCAUCAAAGUUGUACAAGAAAGCAGGUGAUGUUGCAGCAGCCAUUGAAUGCCAAUCUGAAGAAAGCAUCCAUCUUCAUUCACAGUUAGAAAAUAAUUCUUUGUCUAAGAAACUUUCUCCAGUACACUCAGAAAUGGCAGAUUAUAUUAGUGCAACAUCAUCGCUUGUUGGUAGCCGGGAUUCUGAUUUAAAGGACAGAACAUUACUUAAUGGAGGAACAAGUGUAACAGAAAAGUUGGCACAGCUCAUUGCAACUUGUCCUCCUUCCAAGUCUUCCAAGACGAAACCGAAGAAGUUAGUCACUGGCACUACUACAGGAUUGGUUAGUAAGGAUUUGAUUAGGAAAGCUGGCAUUGGCUCUGUAACUGGGAUUAUCCAUAAGGACUUAAUUAAAAAACCAGCUAUCAGCACAACAGUUGGAUUGGUAACUAAAGAGCCUGGGAAAAAGCCAGUGUUUAAUGCAACAGUAGGAUUAGUCAAUAAAGACUCAGUGAAAAAACUAGGAACUGGCACUACAGCAGUAUUCAUUAAUAAAGACUUAGGCAAAAAAACAGGGACCAUCACUACAGUAGGACUGCUGAGCAAAGAUUCAGGAAAGAAGCUAGGAAUUGGUAUUGUUCCAGGUUUUGUGAACAAAGAAUCUGGAAAGAAGUUAGGACUUGGCACUGUGGUUGGACUGGUUAAUAAAGACUUGGGGAAAAAAUUGGGUUCCACUGUUGGCCUAGUGGCCAAGGAUUGUGCAAAGAAGAUUGUAGCAAAUUCAACAAUGGGAUUGGUUAGUAAAGAAAUUGGGAAGAAACUGGUGAGUUGUUCUAUGACCGGACUGGUCAGCAAAGAUGCCAUAAACCUUAAAGCUGAAGCACUGCUCUCUACUCAGGAACCACUUAAGGCUUCUUGCAGUACAAGCAUCAAUAAUCAUGAAAGUCAGGAACUUUCUGAAUCCAUGAAAGAUAGUGCCACCAGCAAAACUUUUGAGAAGAAUGUUAUACGGCAGACUAAAGAGAACAUUUUGGAAAAAUUUUCAGUUCGAAGAGAAAUAAUUAAUUUGGAGAAAGAAAUGUUUAAUGAAUCAACAUGCAUUCAGCAAGACAGUUUCUCAUCCAGUGAAAGGGGAUCUUAUGAAACUUCAAAGCAACCUCCUGUAUAUUGCACUUCUCCAGACUUUCAAAUGGGAGGCGUUUCUGAUGUAUCCACAGCUAAAUCCCCAUUUAGUGCAGUAGGAGAAAGCAGUCUCCCUUCUCCAUCACCUACUGUAUCUGUUAAUCCUUUAACCAGGAUUUCCCCUGAAACACCUCAGCUGGCUCCUAAUUCAUUACUUUUAAGUCCUGCUGCAGAACUAAUAGAAGAAAUUUCAGAUUCUGUUGGAAAGAGCCAGUUUACUUCUGAAAGUACUCAUUUGAACAUUGGUCUUAGGUCUGUGGGUCACAGCAUGAACAUUGAAUGUAAGGGGAUUGAUAAAGAUCUAAGUGAUUCAAAAAGUACGCAUAUAGAUCUUUCAAGAAUAAACUCUUCCUUGGGAAAAAAGCCAAGUUUAACUUCUGAAUCCAGUAUUCAUACAAUUACGCCUUCAGUUGUUAACUUUACUAGUUUAUUUAGUAACAAGCCCUUUCUAAAACUUGGUGCAGUAACUGCAUCUGACAAACACUGCCAAGUUACUGAUAGUCUGAGCACUAGUUUGCAGUCCAAACCAUUAAAAAAAAGGAAAGGAAGAAAACCUCGGUGGACUAAAGUAGUGGCAAGAAGCGCAUGUCGAUCUCCAAAAGGACUAGAAUUAGAAAGAUCAGAGCUUUUUAAAAAUGUUUCAUGUAGUUCACUAUCGAGUUCUGAACAGGCCAAAUUUAUGAAGACCAUCGGACCAUCUUCAUUUGUAGAUCAUGACUUCCUUAAACACCGGUUGCCAAAGUUGAGCAAGUCUACCACUGCAUCUCUUGCUCUUUUAACUGAUAGUGAAAAACCAUCUCAUAAGUCUUUUGCUACUCACAAGCUGUCCUCCAGUAUGUGUGUCCCUAGUGACCUUUUAUCUGAUAUUUAUAAGCCCAAAAGAGGACGGCCUAAAUCCAAGGAGAUGCCUCAACUGGAAGGUCCACCUAAAAGGACUUUGAAAAUCCCUGCAUCUAAAGUUUUUUCUUUGCAAUCUAAAGAAGAACAAGAACCCCCAAUUUUACAGCCAGAAAUUGAAAUUCCUUCCUUCAAACAGAGUCUGUCUGUGUCUCCAUUUCCCAAAAAAAGAGGUAGGCCUAAGAGACAAAUGAGAUCACCAGUCAAGAUGAAGCCACCUGUACUGUCAGUGGCACCUUUUGUUGCCACAGAAAGUCCAAGCAAGAUAGAGUCUGAAAAUGACAACCACAGAAGUGGCAGUGAUUUCUUUGAAAGUGAGGAUCAACUGCAGGAUCCAGAUGACUUAGAUGAUAGUCAUAGACCCACUGUUUGUAGUAUGAGUGACCUUGAAAUGGAUCCUGAUAAAAAAAUUACCAAGAGAAACAAUGGACAAUUAAUGAAAACAAUUAUUCGCAAAAUAAAUAAAAUGAAGACUUUGAAGAGAAAGAAACUGUUGAAUCAGAUUCUUUCAAGUUCAGUAGAGUCAAGUAAUAAAGGGAAAGUGCAAUCCAAACUCCAUAAUACAGUGUCAAGUCUUGCUGCCACAUUUGGCUCAAAAUUGGGCCAACAGAUAAAUGUCAGUAAGAAAGGAACUAUUUACAUAGGAAAGAGGAGGGGUAGAAAACCAAAAACUGUAUUAAAUGGCCUUCUUUCUGGUAGCCCUGCCAGCCUUGCUGUUCUUGAGCAAACAGCUCAGCAAGCGGCUGGGUCAGCAUUAGGACAGAUCCUCCCCCCUUUACUUCCUUCCUCUGCUAGUAGUUCUGAGAUACUUCCAUCACCCAUUUGCUCUCAGUCUUCUGGGACUAGUGGAGGUCAGAGCCCAGUAAGUAGUGAUGCAGGCUUUGUUGAACCCAGUUCCGUGCCAUAUUUACAUUUACACUCCAGACAGGGCAGUAUGAUUCAGACUCUUGCAAUGAAGAAGGCUUCAAAGGGAAGGAGGCGAUUAUCUCCUCCUACUUUGUUGCCAAAUUCUCCUUCACAUUUGAGUGAACUUGCAUCUUUGAAAGAAGCUACUCCUUCUCCCAUUAGUGAGUCUCAUAGUGAUGAGACUAUUCCCAGUGAUAGUGGAAUAGGAACAGACAAUAACAGCACAUCAGACAGGGCAGAGAAAUUCUGUGGGCAAAAAAAGAGGAGACAUUCUUUUGAGCAUGUUUCUCUGAUUCCCCCUGAAACCUCAACAGUCCUUAGCAGUCUUAAAGAAAAACACAAACAUAAAUGCAAACGCAGGAAUCAUGAUUACCUCAGCUAUGACAAGAUAAAGAGGCAGAAACGAAAGCGGAAAAAGAAAUAUCCACAAUUGCGAAAUAGGCAAGAUCCAGACUUUAUUGCAGAUCUGGAGGAAUUAAUAAGUCGUCUGAGUGAAAUUCGAAUCACCCAUCGGAGUCAUCAUUUUAUCCCACGAGACCUUUUGCCAACUAUUUUUCGGAUCAACUUUAAUAGUUUCUAUACACAUCCUUCUUUUCCCUUAGACCCUUUGCACUACAUUCGAAAACCUGACUUAAAAAAGAAGAGAGGAAGACCCCCUAAGAUGAGGGAGGCAAUGGCCGAAAUGCCUUUUAUGCAUAGUCUUAGUUUUCCUCUUUCUAGUACUGGAUUCUAUCCCUCUUAUAGCAUGCCUUAUUCCCCCUCACCCCUUACAGCUGCACCCAUAGGAUUGGGUUACUAUGGAAGGUAUCCCCCCACUCUUUACCCACCUCCUCCAUCUCCUUCUUUCACUACUCCACUUCCACCUCCUUCCUAUAUGCAUGCUGGUCAUUUACUUCUCAAUCCAACCAAAUAUCACAAGAAAAAACAUAAGUUACUUCGACAGGAGGCCUUUCUUACAACUAGCAGGACUCCCCUUCUUUCCAUGAGUACUUACCCUAGUGUCCCUCCAGAGAUGGCCUAUGGUUGGAUGGUUGAGCACAAACACAGACACCGUCAUAAACACAGAGAACACCGGUCUUCUGAGCAACCCCAGGUUUCUAUGGAUACUGGCUCUUCCAGAUCUGUCCUGGAGUCUCUUAAACGCUAUCGAUUUGGAAAGGAUGCUGUUGGAGAGCGAUAUAAGCAUAAGGAAAAACACCGUUGUCAUAUGUCCUGCCCUCAUCUCUCUCCUUCAAAAAGUUUAAUAAACAGAGAAGAACAGUGGGUGCACCGAGAACCUUCAGAAUCCAGUUCAUUGACUUUGGGGUUGCAGACACCUUUACAAAUUGACUGUUCAGAAAAUUCUCCAAGUUUAUCCCUUGGAGGAUUCACUCCCAACUCUGAUCUCGCCAGCAGUGAUGAACAUACAAACCUUUUUACAAGUGCAAUAGGCAGCUGCAGAGUUUCAAAUCCUAAUUCCAGUGGCCGGAAGAAACUAACUGACAGCCCUGGACUGUUUUCUGCACAGGACACCUCCCUAAAUCGGCCUCACAGGAAAGAGCCACUGCCUGCCAGUGAAAGGGCAGUACAGACCUUGACAGGUUCCCAACCAGUCUUAGAUAAGUCUUCCCAGCGACCCUCAGAGACCACAAACUGUAGCCCUACACGGAAGAGGUCUUCAUCUGAGAGUACUUCUUCAACAGUGAAUGGAGUGCCCUCUCGAAGUCCAAGGUUGGUUGCUUCUGGGGAUGACUCUGUAGAUAGUCUACUACAGCGGAUGGUACAACAUGAGGACCAAGAACACAUGGACAAAAAUAUUGAUUCUGUGAUUGCAUCUUCCUCUAUAGCACCUUCCUCCAGUCCAGGCCAUAGCCACAGCAAGGAGCGAACUCUGGGAAAAUCAGAUAGCCUUCUUGUUCCUGCAGUUGCCAGUGACUCUUGCAGUAAUAGUAUCUCUCUUCUUUCUGAAAAGUUGCCAAGCAGCUGUUCCCCCCAUCAUAUCAAGAGAAGUGUUGUUGAAGCUAUGCAGCGCCAGGCUCGGAAAAUGUGCAAUUAUAACAAAAUCUUAGCCACCAAGAAAAACUUGGAUCAUGUUAAUAAAAUUUUAAAAGCCAAAAAACUUCAGAGGCAAGCCAGGACAGGGAAUAACUUUGUGAAACGCAGGCCUGGUCGGCCACGGAAAUGUCCUCUCCAGGCUGUUGUAUCCAUGCAAGCAUUCCAAGCUGCCCAAUUUGUCAGUCCAGACUUGAAUGAAGGGGAAGAAGAAGAAGCAGCACUGCACCUCCAUCCUGAUACAGUUACGGAUGUCAUUGAGGCUGUUGUUCAGAGUGUAAACCUGAAUCCAGAACAUAAGAAGGGUUUGAAAAGAAAAAAUUGGCUGCUGGAAGAACAGACCAAGAAAAAGCAAAAGCCAUUCCCAGAAGAAGAGCAAGAGAACAUUGCAAGCUUUUCUGAAACAACAAUUGAGAUUCCCAGUCCUCUAGAAACUCCAGCAAAACCUCCUGAUCUUGAAAAUACCUUGCAGCCUAUCCUUUCUAUAAUCCCAAGGGAAAAGAAGACUCCACGUCCUCCAAAGAAGAAGUAUCAGAAAGCAGGGCUAUAUUCUGAUGUUUACAAAACUACAGACCCAAAGAGCCGAUUGAUCCAAUUAAAGAAAGAGAAACUGGAGUAUACUCCAGGAGAGCAUGAAUAUGGCUUAUUCCCAGCUCCCAUUCAUGUUGGAAAAUAUCUAAGGCAAAAGAGAAUUGACUUCCAGCUUCCUUAUGACAUUCUUUGGCAGUGGAAGCAUAAUCAGCUGUACAAAAAGCCAGAUGUUCCAUUAUAUAAAAAAAUCCGUUCAAAUGUCUAUGUUGAUGUCAAACCCCUUUCUGGUUAUGAGGCUACCACCUGUAACUGUAAGAAACCAGAUGAUGACAUCAGGAAGGGCUGUGUGGAUGACUGCCUCAAUAGAAUGAUCUUUGCUGAGUGUUCCCCCAACACUUGCCCUUGUGGUGAGCAGUGCUGUAACCAGAGGAUACAGCGGCAUGAAUGGGUACAGUGUCUGGAACGUUUUCGAGCUGAAGAAAAAGGUUGGGGAAUCAGAACCAAAGAGCCACUAAAGGCUGGACAGUUCAUCAUUGAAUACCUAGGAGAGGUGGUCAGCGAGCAGGAAUUCAGGAACAGGAUGAUUGAGCAGUAUCAUAAUCACAGUGACCACUAUUGUCUGAACCUGGAUAGCGGGAUGGUAAUUGACAGCUACCGAAUGGGAAAUGAGGCACGCUUCAUCAACCACAGCUGUGACCCAAAUUGUGAAAUGCAGAAAUGGUCUGUUAAUGGUGUUUACCGGAUUGGACUCUAUGCUCUUAAAGAUAUGCCAGCUGGUACUGAACUCACUUAUGAUUACAACUUUCAUUCAUUUAAUGUUGAAAAACAGCAACUUUGUAAGUGUGGCUUUGAGAAAUGUCGAGGAAUCAUUGGAGGCAAGAGUCAACGCGGUGAACACUCUCCAACUAGCAAAAGCCAGCAUAUGACCAUACAUAAAAAGUCUGGACGAUCAAAAGAAAAAAGGAAAUCUAAGCACAAACUAAAGAAGAGGAGAGGCCACCUCCCUGAGGAACCCAGUGAAAAUAUUAACACUCCGACAAGAUACCCCCAAUUACAAAUGAAGCCAAUGUCCAAUCGAGAGAGGAACUUUGUAUUAAAGCACCAUGUGUUCUUAGUCCGAAAUUGGGAAAAGAUUCGGCAGAAACAGGAAGAAGUAAAGCACACUGGUGAUAAUAUUCAUUCUGCAUCAUUAUAUGCCCGCUGGAAUGGUAUCUGCAGUGAUGGGAAUAUCAAGUCUGACGUCUUCAUGACCCAGUUCUCUGCCCUGCAGACUGCUCGAUCUGUUCGAACAAGACGGUUGGCAGCUGCAGAGGAAAACAUUGAAGUAGCUCGGGCAGCCCGCCUCGCCCAGAUUUUCAAGGAGAUCUGUGAUGGUAUCAUAUCUUACAAAGAUUCUUCCCGACAGGCACUUGCAGCACCACUUUUGAACCUCCCCCCAAAGAAAAAGAAUGCUGAUUAUUACGAGAAGAUUUCUGAUCCCCUCGAUCUUAUGACCAUAGAGAAGCAGAUCCUCAUUGGUUACUAUAAGACAGUGGAGGCUUUUGAUGCUGACAUGCUUAAAGUCUUUCGGAAUGCUGAGAAAUACUAUGGGCGUAAAUCACCUAUUGGGAGAGAUGUUUGCCGCCUCCGAAAGGCCUAUUACAAUGCACGACAUGAGGCAUCAGCCCAGAUUGAUGAGAUAGUGGGAGAGACGGCCAGUGAGGCAGAUAGCAGUGAGACUUCCAUCUCUGAGAAGGAGAAUGGGCAUGAGAAAGAUGAUGACGUCAUCCGUUGUAUCUGUGGCCUCUACAAGGAUGAAGGCCUCAUGAUCCAGUGUGACAAGUGCAUGGUGUGGCAACACUGUGACUGUAUGGGAGUGAACUCGGAUGUGGAACACUACCUUUGUGAACAGUGUGACCCGAGACCUGUGGACAGAGAAGUUCCCAUGAUCCCUCGGCCCCACUAUGCCCAACCUGGCUGCGUCUACUUUAUCUGUUUACUUCGAGAUGACUUACUGCUACGUCAAGGGGAUUGUGUUUAUCUGAUGAGAGAUAGUCGGCGAACCCCAGAUGGCCACCCAGUCCGUCAGUCCUAUCGGUUGCUAUCUCACAUUAAUCGUGAUAAACUUGACAUCUUCCGCAUUGAGAAACUUUGGAAGAAUGAGAAAGAAGAACGGUUUGCCUUUGGUCACCAUUAUUUCCGACCCCAUGAAACCCACCAUUCUCCAUCCCGCCGCUUCUAUCACAAUGAACUAUUUCGAGUGCCACUCUAUGAAAUCAUUCCUUUAGAAGCUGUAGUGGGAACCUGCUGUGUAUUAGACCUUUAUACAUAUUGUAAAGGGAGACCCAAAGGAGUGAAGGAGCAAGAUGUGUACAUCUGUGAUUAUCGACUUGACAAGUCAGCACAUUUGUUUUACAAGAUCCACCGGAACCGCUAUCCUGUCUGCACCAAACCCUAUGCCUUCGAUCAUUUUCCUAAGAAACUCACUCCCAAGAGAGAUUUCUCCCCACAUUACGUCCCGGACAACUACAAGAGGAAUGGAGGGCGAUCAUCCUGGAAAUCCGAACGCUCCAAGCCACCCCUGAAAGACCUGGGCCAAGAAGAUGAUGCUCUGCCCUUGAUUGAAGAGGUUCUAGCCAAUCAGGAGCAGGCAGCCAAUGAGAUGCCCAGCCUGGAAGAGCCAGAACGAGAGGGGGCCACUACUGACAUCAGUGAGAGUGAAAAGAAACCUGAGGAAAGUUCUCAAGAAUCCCAACCUAUGGGUACACCGAAGGAACGCCGGCACAGCCAGCGAGAACGGCUCAACCAGAUCUUGCUCAAUCUCUUGGAAAAAAUUCCUGGAAAAAAUGCCAUUGAUGUGACCUACUUGCUGGAGGAAGGAUCAGGCAGGAAACUACGAAGGCGUACUUUAUUUAUGCCCGAGAACAGUUUUCGGAAGUGAACCUCAGAAUGAGAACCUCCAGCAUCUGGGAUCCAGUGGAGCCAGCUGCCCUGCGUCCUUUUCUGAGUGUACACUAGGGCAAGAAGAUCCGUCCAGGAAGGGAAAUGGGCGUGUUGUUUUUAGGUACUUAAUGAACCUUGGAAGUGGUGGAGAGGAAGAAGGGGAUCUCUAAAGCAGGUCACUUUACUCGUUUACCUCUCCACUGAUUUUUCCUGAGGCUUAGUCAUGUAGCAAAGAGGGCAGAGCACACUGAGGAUGACAGAACUUCGUGGUACUUUAUAGUGUUUGCCCCUCCUCCCAGCUUGGGUUUUUCAGUGUCAUCCUCUAGUCCCAAAGGCACUACUAAGAAGCUGCUUCCUAUAUCCAGGUGUGAUUCAAUCUAAGGGAGAGAGCCAGGAUCCCCACUAUCCCUGUUGUCUCCAGGCUCUAAGAGCUACCCCAGACCUAAAGAAACAGUAGCUAGGGCAUCUGUCCACAUCCCUGAUUAGAGAACUUCGUAUCUCCUUUCUUGCCCAGCCAAGUCAAAACGUGAAUUGACAACUCAAAGCACUUGUAACUGCUCCCCUUCUCCCUACCUCUACUCCCCCAAGUGGACUAGGGAAGGCCCCCAUGGGGUCAGAAGGGCACAGUACUUAAAAUGAUUUUUGUUUGAACUUUCAUAACCUAUCAAACUUAUAUUUUACUAAUGAGAAGGCCAGGCCCCCGCCAGCACAUGUGCUGUUUAUGUGCUGUGGUUUUUGUAUGUCUGCUGUGCUGUGCGAAUGGAGAUUCGUUUCUUAAGUAAAAAUCACAUGAAAAUCUACAUUAAAGCUCUUACACCCUUUCCCAACAGAAAUCACUACAUAAACUGUUGAACAGUAUUCACCUAACCAAGUAUUUGUUAUGGAUGUAUAUUAUCCAUUGAAAACACUACUCUUGGUUUCUUUCUUAUACAGUUUGCUUUGUCCUUCUCUUCAAGAAACAGUGUGUUCGCCCCACCUCGCUCUCAUCUUGCUUCCACCCUCCCGAUGACAAAGUAUCAGUCAUCAGAGGGCUAUCCAGGGUGUCUCCUUCGCAUUCUCUUGACAAGAAGUUAUCAAACAAUACUGUCUCUUUUAAAAUAAAAUUGAAAAGGCUUUGCUUUGUUGUCUUCUCAGACACACAUAUGCAUAUAUGUUUUAGAUGUUCUUAGAAGAGAAAAGAUGGUUUUUAAAUGUGCCAAGUUGUGUGUAUAUGUGUGUGUAUAUGUGUGUAUAUAUACCUAUAUACACACACACAUAUAUAUAUACAUGUAUAUAUAUCUGCUACGUGAUUAGUAAGCAAUACAAUAGUAAACAUGUCCCCAUUACUUUUUCUAAUAUUGGACCAAUGCUGUCCUACUUGUACAUUUUCCCUAUGACGACGAUGCUCUGACUUGUUUAGGUAGAAACAUUGACCAUCUUCCAUUCCAUUGAAUCUUUUUUCUUUUUCUCCUGUGUCAAUCUUGAGGGAAAAAAUAACAAAAAAAAAAAGGACAGGGGAUACCAAAGAUCCCCUUGAGCAGAGAAGAAGCAGAAUAAAUAUUUUAUUAAAGAAAAAAAGAAUUAAGAAAAUAGUUUGGAGUAUUUUCUUACUGUAGAGAAGCACUGUACAUUACUAAGAGACCUGGGUAUAAAAUACUCAUGUGUGGAGCUGGAAAAAUCGCAUGUCCAAGCCCGUUUGAGUGAUUUCUUUUGGUUUUCAUUGCAGGGAGCAGGGUGGGAGGGAGGUGGGAACAGGGGCACUUUGGGGGUCUCCUUUUAGUCAAAAGCAGGAAAAUGACGAGAAAGAGAUUAAAUUCAAUAUUUCCUUUAAUAGUGUGAAACACUAAAAUUUUAAAAAAGAAAAAAAGAAAAAAACUUUGUAAAAUAUAAGAACAGAAGCAAAAGACACUACGCUGUCAUUUUAUCUUUCUUUUGUUGAAAGACUAAAAACGGAAAUGUUUUUUAGACAAUCAAAUGUUAGGUAAGUGCAAAAACUUGUUUUUUCUUACUGGUGUAGAAAUUAAUGCCUUUUUUUAUUUUUUGGUUAUUUUAUAACAACAAAAUAAAAGAACCCCCUAGCUGCCAGGUGGGUUUUGGUGUUUGAAAUGCGGGGCAAAGCACUACAUCACUGCAAAUAGAUCCAGAGUUAGUCUGCAUGUCUGUAGGCUGUGUGAUUGCGGAAAAUAUAAAUGCUGCUAAUAUAUUUCCUUUUUACAAAAGCAUAUCUAAAUAGAUGAUUGUUUUGAUGUUAAUCUUUGUAAAUUAUGUAUUACCAAUUUUAACAUUGGAUGUAAUUGCAUAAAAAGCUUGCAUCUCAAUCCUUGAAAGUCUAGUAUUAAAUGGAAAAAAACUUUUCCUAACUGCA